UCAGUCCACUCACACACACUUACGCACGGAGAUAGAGAUAGAGAGAGAGAGACCCUCAUACCAUUUCUAGGGUUUCCUUCAUCUCUCUUACAAAAUUUUCUACUGUUUUCACUCCUUUCUUGUUCAGAUCACUCCUUCCUCGUUCACAACCAGUUCUUCUCAGCCUUCACACACACACACACACACACACACACACACACACACAGAGAGAGAGAGAGAGAGAGAGAGACCUCCUGAAUCUCUUCUUCGUUUUCCACCUAAAAAACCAUGGAUCCUAGAGGUGAUUCUUUUGACUGUCUGCCUGAUGGGGUUCUCCAUCACAUUCUCUCUUUUCUGCCGUUCAAAGAGGCUGCAAGAACAUGCAUUCUGUCCACUAGAUGGAUAGAUUUAUGGACUUCCACCACAAACAUUGAACUUAUUGAGAACUACUUCACGGAAGAAGUUGAUGGUGAGAAGCAACUAUCAAGGUCGGCUUUCAUAGAUUUUGCUCGAAGGUUUAUACAUGAUUACCAAGGCCGAAAGGUAGUAAAAUUCCGCCUUUGCAUGUCCAGCCCUAAUGACUACCAAUCUGAUGUGGAGGGCUGGAUUAAAUUCGCGGUUUCCAGAGAUGUUGAGGAAAUUUAUCUGGACUUUCCUGAGGUUGAUCCCCAUCAAGAGCAGUCAUUUGAGUUACCAUCCAUACUUUUUGAGCACACAUCGUUACGUGUAGUUAGUUUUACAUCAUGCACAUUCGAUCCCGCAGAAUUAAUCAAAUUUAGAUCGAUUGAAUGUCUUCAUGUUGAACGGGCUACAUUAAGCACAAGGGCUCUAGAAAAUCUGCUCAACAACUGUCACUUCUUAGAAAGUUUAUGUUUAAGGAGUUGUAAGGGCAUAGAUUUCAUCCGCAUUUUUGGUCAGAAUCUUCGACUUCGAUACUUGACUCUCGAGGAUUGUGGGCCUAUUCGAGGGCUCUCGAUUUACACUCCCGAUCUCCGGUCAUACAAGUACUUUGGGACAAUUGAUCGGUAUGAUCAUCUUGACAUGCAAUCCGCUGUGGACGUUGAUAUUGAUUUCGGAAUGGAAACGGAAUAUAGAAAUCUAGGUGAUACGCUUAGUGAAAAUCUCAGAGGGCUCUGCCAUGUGAAUACCCUAAGAGUGUGUAGCUACACACAGCAGAUAUUAUCUAGUGGAGUGGAACCGUUUUACAUACCAGAUCCAUUGGUAAAUAUGAAGCAUUUGAUAUUCAAGACAGGCAUGCAUGUGUAUGAACUACCAGGUAUAGCAUGCUUGCUGAGGAGCUGUCCGUGUUUGGAGACACUCACAUUAGAAAUGGGAGCGACAUUAUUCCUUAAUCACUACGAAUAUCCAUACGGACCCGUCAUGAGUAGUCAGAGAUUUUGGGCAUCGCAGAUGCUUCCUUUCCAUUGUUUCCAGGGGUAUUUAAAGACAAUCAGGAUCGAUAACUUCACAAUGAGUGAUAAUGUAUUGGAUUUUGUGAAGUUUUUGCUGGAGAGAGCAAGGCACUUGCAAAAUUUGAUAUUUGCUACUUCAAAGCUUACACCUUGGGCUGGAUGGAAUUUGGAGGCUCGUGGAUUAUUUUUCCGAAAACUAUCUUGCAAGACAGCUUCAUCAACUAUUCAAUUUUCCAUCAGUUAAAAUUGUACCACUUUAUGAUUUUCUGUUGUGGACGAUGAUAUUAGCACUACUUAAAUACUUAUUUUAUCUUUGAAGAAAUGAAA